AUGAAGAAAGAGAAGAAGAAAAAGCAGACAUCAACGACUACCACCACUGCCGCUACAACAAAGAAGGCAAAGAUCGAUACAAAGAAGAAGCCAACUGGGAAGACAACACCGAUCCCUCCAAACAAAAACAACAACAACAUCAUCAAACCAGUGGCAACCAAGCCACCUCCAAUCGAUUGGACUCAAUACCUUUUCUCUGCCAAGCAACAACACAAGGAACAACAUCAACCGGCCAAGUCUUUAACAUCACUCUCAAUCUCUCCCACAUCAAUCCCAUCAUCUGCAUCAUCAACUGCAUCAUCAUUGGUUGCAUCAUCUAUAAAGACGACGAACAAGGGUCUGACGACCACAGCAGUGUCAUUGUCAAGGAAGAAGAUUGGAUUCACAAGGGAGGUGCCCAAGAAGAAGAAACCAUCCAAGCUCAAGAGAAACAUAUUGUUGUAUCGAUCACUCAAAUCAUCAUAUCUUGCAUCAAAAACGGAACAGGAGCAACAACUUGCUCUGCGGCAUCAGUCACUCACACUCCAACAACAGUUGGAUCAACAGAAUCACACUGAAGCAGAGCACUUUGUUCGAUCACUCAUUCACCAGAUCGUGGAUAACAUUGACAAUGACAAUGGCAAUGGCAAUGAUAAUGGCACAACGACAACUCAACAACAACAAUCAAAGACACAGAUUGAGUUACCUCAGGACUAUAUCAAUCAAACAUGUACACCAGAGAUUGAUGAGGUGGCAAGGGAGUUCAUAAAGAAGAUCAAGUUACUCCAGGACAACUAUGCUGCAAACAAUCCAGGAGCAGAUAUGAAGCGAAAGAGGAGAUACAUCACGGGAAUGAGAGAGAUUCAACGCGCUGCAGAGUGUGGCACAUUGGCAUGUGUGAUCUUUGCGCCAAAUAUCGAGGAUGUUGGAUGUCCAGGCGGAUUGAACGAGUCCAUACAGCAUACCAUCCGUCAGUGUCGAUCGAAUCAGGCACUCUACACAUUCGCAUUGAGUCGCAGGAUCAUUGGACGUUUGCUCAAUGUUCAAAUCAAGGUCAGUGCAUUUGGCGUGCUGCUGAUCGAUGGUGCAGACGAGCUCUAUCGACGUCUGAAGGAGUUGACAGAGGCCAUGCGCCAUCAGUUCAGGAGACAGCAGGCUGGAUUCAAAGAGGAGAAUGCAUCACUGAUCGAGGCCACUAAGCAAGAGGCAAAGGAAAUCAAUACUAUGUUUGUUAAGAAUACAAGAGAGAAGGCAAAGAAACACAAGGAGCUACUAAAGGAGCAUCAGGAGUUGAAGGAGGAGCGACUGGAGAGAGAACAGAAGGAGAAGAAAGAGAGGGAGAGGAUACUGCGGCAAGAGAGAGCACUGCAACAAGAGGAGAAUGAACAUCGACCAGUGUUGUCGCAACAACAGAAGAAACCAAAGCAACAACAACAACAACCGCCACAACAACAAAAGACAAAGGAUAAGAUGAUUGAAAAGGAUGAUCCUUCAGAGCAAUUGAUGUACAGCAAUAUGAUCGACUCGGAUGCCAUUGGUGGCAAGCCAAAGGAUGGUGGUGGAGGUGGCGGAGGUGCAUCCAAGAAGUCUGGAAAAGGUGGAAAACAGAAGAAGUAG